GACGGGCAGACGCGGUUUUAUUGCUUCGCGGACAAAAAGCCCGCCCCGCCCCGUCGUCUGCAAAGCGCCUUAAGGUUGUUAGUUACCUUUACAUCGCCAAUGAUGCAGGGCGAAGCUACAACUUAUUAAAAGCAUCGAGUAAGUACCUAUUUGGCGGAUCCAUCACAGAGGUGCGAGCAAUAUUCCACGCAGGACCACAAUGUGGUUCAAAGAUUGAUUAAAAUCAAUAACAAGAUUCUUCCGUUUUUAUUUGGUGGAGGAAAACCUACCCGUCAAGCCGCUGCGUGUCCGAAAUAACAAUGAGUAUUCACAAUACGAAAUAAAAUAUUUAUGUGCAGCAGAAAUAGUGUGGGGGAUAGGAUGGCGCCCUGAGGUACACUGGCAUUCACUGACAUGAACUGCCAACUAAAUCCGUCCUUAAGGACGCGAAUUCUACGCUCACCCGGGUACAGGGGGUCUACUCUCUUUCUGCGAAACGAACAUUCGAAAACGAAGUUCAAACGAAAUCUGAUUUCGUCAAUUUAAGGUUAUACUUAAUUAGAACGAUAAACUAUCAAAUUGAAGCAUUCUUUGUGUAGGCUUAGAAAAUCUACACCUAAAUCUAUAUUCCGGCGACGAAUAUUAUUAUAAUUAAAAACGAACCAGAAACAUAGUAAGAAAAGUGUGAAGUUUCGAUCGAAAUUUCGUUUUUCGUUGAAUUAGAGUAGGGCUCCAUAUCUGAGCAGGUAGACCAUAUGAAAAAACUUCAUAGAGAAGUCUUUUGUGCCAGACCCGGUCGAAAGCCUUAACGAUAUCAAAGCUGAUCGCCAAAGACUUACCCCGCUUGUCAAUAGGUUCAACUCUAUUGUAUCACGUAUGCUAAAAGGUCAUCCGUCGAUGCUUUCGCCCAAAAUUCGUAUUGACCAUCGUUAAUCAGACAGUGGUCCUCUAGGUAGCGCGUCAGAUUGUUAUUAAGUACCUUUUCUAAAAGCAUAUUGUUUUAAACUUUCAUGGUCAUUAACAUUAUAGUGACAUAAGUUAUUUACGGGAUUGUAGAGUAACAUGAUCAUGUUACUCCGUGAUCAUGGCGCAACAGUGCCGAAAUAUCGGAAACUCGCUAGAAACAAGGUAUAUGGCAACAAUCCCGUAAAUAAGUUAUAUUACUUUUCUAAGAGUUUGCGCAAUAUUGAGGUGACAGCAAACGGCUGAUUGAUAGUUGGCCGGGCCUGAGCGGUCCUCCCCACACACCCCAAAGAGUACGAGAGUUGGUACAUUGGCGUAAGCACGGGAGGCAACUCCGCUAUACAAUUGUUGUGAUGCCAUCGGGUCCACUAGCUUUCCAAAUGAUACAUGAAGUUGCCUGAUUUUAUUAUCAAUAAUGUUGAAUUUAAAGCUGAAGUUGACCUGCCUUUGAGAGAAAUACAAAGACGGAGCUUUGAAAAUGAAGAUCUGGGCUGCCUGUUGCCAGAUCUUCAAGGAACAAUUAAAAACAAAAGUAAAUGAAUCUUUACACGGUCCUGCUGAAGUAUGGAAAAACAUUUGUCUGAUAACGAUGACUUAACUACGCCUGUCAGGGUGGAAAUGGCGCUAUUAGAACGAUGUGGUCCGUAAAACAUUUACCUGCAACGUGUUUAUGAUAUUUUAUUAACCAUUCCACUUAAAAGCGUAACCGAAAGUGUAUUUUCGGCUAAUAGGUUUUUAAGAUUUCCUAUAACUAUUAGCACAGUGGAUCACAUCGAUACGUCGUUGGUGGAUCAGAAGCAAAAAUAUUUCCUAUGUAUUUUGAUUGGCUGAUUGUCAAUCAUGAUUUUCUUCUAUCAAUUGCUAAGCACUAACAAUGGACUUCAUUGUGACUAAAGUUUAGCAAAACCCCAUCUAAUCAAAUAAAAUAAUAACACAUAAUGAUGAUGAAUAAUUCAUAAUAUUUGCAGUGCUUAUCAACCGUAAUACCGUUGCUAUUAUAAUAUUUAUCAAAUAAGGUUAUUGACUGAGUCAAUGUUUAUAAAUAAAAUCACCUGCAACUGAAUUGAAACACAACACCUAGUUUGCACAUUAUGACGAUACGAUAUCGUUUGGCUACAUAGUAACAAAGUCAUAAAAUUAAACAACAAUGGAACAGAUGAUACUUCUAUCAUUAUGAUAAUAUGCCUUUGAAUGUGAACAAGAUUUCUUUGUAAUACAAUAAAUAAUAAAUUUCUCUGUCCUACUAUUUUCUGUCAGAGCAUCGUGAUAAAAUCAAUAAACAGAUCAAUGACAAGGAAAGGAUUGCUGCUGCAAUGGAGAAUCCUAACUUAAGAAACCUCGUGGAGAACUGCAUCGCUGAUGAGGAAUAACCUAUCUGCGAUACAUUAAACAAAUCGAACAAACUGUAGUUUCUUUCAAUGUGAAUAUACGUGUUAUCUUCUAUUAGUAACAGUAACAAUGGCACCCGACGUCGCAUUCUCUAACAUCAGUGACAAAAUCGAGUUCACAAAGUUUGCGAAGUUCCUCGCGUACAAAGGCGUACAAGUGAUAGUGGAGUCCAGGAAAGGAGUCAAGAUAGAACCGUACAGCAAGCCAAUCUCCAACGAUUCCGACUGGUUCAACUUACAAAUACCGGAUUCGCCCGAAGUCAAUCAGGCUACGAAGAAUGCACUGCCAUCCGACAGAGUGUUGGAAACCAUCAGAUCUCAAUUACACGUCGAAAUAUCAGUCCAGACAGAAGACGGAGACGAAAUGGUCUUAGAACUUUGGACAUUAGUACUCGACGAAACACAAUUUGACACUUCAUUAAAGGCUAUGAAUACAGCGUAUUUCCGAAUGGGAAUACUUCUAAAAUCUCUCAUAACCAUCACCAGAAUAACACCCGCAUAUCAUCUGUCCCGCAAACAGCGCUCAGAGUCAUUUACCAUAUUUUACAGAGUUUACAACGGCGAACCGAAGAUCAAAGCUUUGGGAGAGAACGUUAAGACAAUACAAGCAGGUCUACUGAAAACUCCGUUAGGUGGAAUCUGUUUCUCUGUACAGUAUCGCACAAAUUUCUCCAUAUCACCAAAUAGAACAGAAAACAAUAAGGAUUUGAUACUGAAAAGUGACCAUUUUGAAUUGAGUCCCAAGCAUGUGAUAUUUGAUUCGAAAAAACCAAAAGAGCAGAGGGAGAAGGACUACAGGCCUCUGAGAUCGAUCGAUUUGAAUAAACCGUUACGAUUCGCUGCGUUCGUAGAUGAGGCCCUUGUGCAACGAGCCUUCGAAGAGUUCCUCUCAAAGAUCCCUAUACCGAAAUGCAAUAUACGCUUCCGACAGAAAUUCCAACCCAAAGAGAUCGAAGUAGAGUCGAAAAGUACACAAGACUUGGACGUCGAUAUAAUGUCCAAGAGCCCGACCUCUUACGAGUCGCCACCUAAAAAGUUUUCUGGUUUUCGAAGCGAGAACGAGCCACCGCUGAAAUUGCUCUAUUUCCCUUUCGCCGACCACCAUCCAAUAAGAGAACUGGCUGAGUUUUAUAAAGACUUCUUUAACGCUCCUCAUUUGAAACUGUCCGAAGAUAUGAUCGCAAAGUCGAAAGACAGCGAGUCGCUAAAAGAAGACGAGCUCGAAGGAACGAACGAAGACCUAUCAAAAGAUCUGGAACUUUACGAGAAUUCUGUAUUGGAAUUUGACAAACUCCUGGAGGACAUGUGCCGGUCGGCAGAGUGGAGCGGAUGAAUUUAUGGGAUCAACGUGUGGAUGGCGUUACAAACUUUUCCAAUAUAAUAAUCAUUGAGUGAAAGUAAAAAAUUAAACCAUUACGCAACAAAGUUAUCUAUAUUCGAGUGUAGAUAGCUGUAAGGUGAACACGCGCAUCUGAAUAUUGUAUUGAUGAAAAGUUAUGUAAGACCAGGGGAAUGGUUAAGACUGAAUUGUUAAAUAUUUGGAGAUAAUUUUAGAUUGAAAAGUCCACCGGAUUUUAACAUUGUCAUUUAUCCUUUUAUAGUUUUACUUAAUGCACUUUAAAGUUGCGUUGACACUGGCGUAUUUCGCUUUGAUUCAUUGUGUUAUU